AUAAUACCCUUAACUGCGCCAUGGAACCGGCAGUCUGUCGAUUGGAACCCAUUCGCAAUGUUCGGAGCGCAUCAGAAUCUAUCAAUUCGGCUGGUGAUUUUUCUCUCCUUAGCCGUCGCCAUUUGCUUGGGAUCCCAGAAUGCCACAAGCUGCGGGUAUCGUUGUGGAGGAGGCGACUGUAUUCAACUGGACCGGCUGUGCGAUGGCACCGCCAACUGCUUGGAUGGCUCCGAUGAGACGGCCGUAAUGUGUGAGAAGGCCUGGUGUCCGGGUUAUGCAUUCCGCUGCAGCUACGGAGCGUGCAUAGCCAGCACAGCGGUUUGCGAUGGCGUCCAGGACUGCGUGGAUGGUUCGGAUGAGCAGGGAUGGCUGUGCCGAGCGCAGAUGCAGCAGGCUAACUGCGACAACUGGGAGAUGUACUGCUCCUCUGGCCAAUGCAUGCCCUACUCCAAGUUGUGCGAUGGCAUCCGUGAUUGCCGGGACGGAGACGAUGAGCUGGAGUUCCUUUGCGAGGGCGUUGCCAUACCAACUACUACGGUCAGUUCAACGACAAGUACUACUACGGAAAGUAGUAUCCGCAGAAUAACUCCCACUGUUCCUGUGACAAGGAAGCCCCCGCGAUCGAAUACCCUUCAGGAGAACGGGGAGUGCGUGAUUCCCCAACUGCCGAACGUGAUUGUUAAGCAUUUCACAGAUGCAAUCCUUACUGCAGGAUCAAGAGUAGCCAAUGGCACCCGUAUCUACUACGACUGCCCGGCGGAGCACAGGCUCAAAGGCGAGAACCAGAACGUCUGCCAAAACUCAUUGUGGGCUAGGAAGUUCCCCUACUGUGAAACACCCCAAGCGUAUAUUUUUAGCUUGGUUAUAGUAAUAUUCUGCUUCCUAAUCGUGGUAUUGUUGUUUCUAAUUUGGCGGGUGCGUCGAGAAAAUGGCACAAGAAGGCAACGUGAGGAGCACAUUUGGCUGGUGGAGACCAGCAGUAAUCUUCCCCAGACAUCUGCAAUACCAAAGGUCUAGGGAUAAAUGUUUACAAAGCUAAAUAUGUGAUCGCUUACUUGUUUACCAGCCAAGUUGUUGAUAAAAAGUACUGUUAAUUUUAAACUAUUUAGGCUUAUCUUAAGUAAAUAAUGUUAUU